UCGAUUUCGAUGUUUGACACAGUUCGAAUUACUUUGUCUUUUGCUCUCGUUUAUUUGUAUUUAAUAUUUUUAGGUUAAUUAUUUAAUUAACAGUCCGAUUUUCUAAUAAAAAAUUAUGCAAGAUACGCAAGAUUUUUCUGACAUCAAUUCAACUGUGCCUCAGCAGGCACAGGAGUUUCAUUCUCCUAAUUUUCGGGAGUUGGAUAUGGAGGAAAGUUUGCUUGUCGCAGUUGAGAGUGAUAAUGCAGCGAAUGCACAACAGGCUUCGCAAAUAAUAGGAUUAGAUAUUGCAAACUCACAAAAUACCGAUGAUGAUCGCAAAACUUCAUUUCCGGAUUCUAAUACCAGUAAUUCUGAAAUGAAGCCUGGUAAUGAGCAUCAAUUGGAGGCUCGGCGGGAAACAGAAGAAGCAGAUAAUGCUAGUGAAAUAAGUGAUUUUUCUGACUUCAGUCAAGAAUCUUGGCAACCCGUUCAAGGUCCUAUAGCAUGGGUGCAGGAACAAAUGAGGAGAGGUCAGAGUCCUCGCAAAAUCUUGGAGGAUUUGGUUCCAACUGGCACACUGAUUCCAGAAGGCCUAGAUCCAAUAAUGUUAUGGAAGAUCAUCAUCAAUAUUGUGUCCGAGCCCCCAAAGCGUAAAAAACUUCAUGGUAUCAAUACAUUGGAUGAUGUAUUGGGGCUUCUCAGGACCUGCAAGAAGAUCAUGGUUCUCACAGGGGCAGGGGUUUCUGUUUCUUGUGGUAUACCCGACUUUCGAUCUCGAGAUGGUGUUUAUGCAAGACUUGCUAAAGACUUCCCAAAUCUCCCAGACCCACAGGCCAUGUUUGAUAUUCAUUUCUUCCGUUCAGAUCCCAGACCAUUUUUCAAGUUUGCUAAGGAGAUUUACCCUGGGCAAUUCCAACCAUCUCCUUGCCACCAUUUUAUUCGUUUACUGGAAGAAAAAGAAAAGCUACUCAGGAAUUACACUCAGAAUAUUGAUACACUAGAGCAAGUGGCUGGUAUACAGCGGAUUGUGCAAUGUCAUGGGUCAUUUGCUACAGCAACAUGUGCUGUGUGUGGCCACAAAGUUGGUUCUGAUGCAAUUAAAGAAGAUAUCUUCAAUCAGGUGAUCCCACAAUGUCCACGCUGCUCACCCGCUAAUGUAAAUGCUGUCAUGAAGCCAGACAUUGUAUUUUUUGGGGAGAGCCUGCCAGAACAUUUUCACAACCAAAUGGCAGCUGACAAGGAUGAAUGCGAUUUGCUGAUUGUCAUUGGAUCUUCAUUGAAAGUUCGCCCCGUUGCUCUUAUACCUAAUUCAUUGCCUGCUCAUGUGCCACAAGUGCUAAUAAACAGAGAACGGCUGCAUCAUUUUAACUUUGAUGUUGAGCUUUUAGGCAACUGCGAUGGCAUCAUCGCAGAACUUUGUCGGCGCUUGGGCCCAGGCUGGGACCACUUAGCCCCACCAGGACCUCCUCUAAACGAGGUGUCCUUGUCCAGUCUGCCCUCCCCACCUGUUAGCCCAGAGUCCCAGGAGUCCAAGUCACCCAGCUGUCACUCUGAUGACUCCGCCCCUGGCUGCACCAGCCCCGCUGAACAAGCAGACAUGCUAGAAAGUUUGUCCAACAAAGAUCUGCCUUCUGCUAUAGACUCAUCCGAAUGUCAAAUGAGUAAAGUCACAGAUCCGCACAUCCACAUCCGGGAUGACGAUGUUGGAGUGUAUGAGGUUUCCACAUCCCAGCCUGAUGUCUCAUGCACUAAAUCACAUAAUCACAAACAUGCAAACAAAUGGCCCUUUUCCUCACGCAACUCACUGACAUUAACAGACUGUGUUCCUUCUACAAGUGUUAAUGAACAGUCUUGUUCAGACACGCCUGCAUUGGACAAACAAUCUAACAACGCAUGCACCUCUCAGGAAAUUGAAACGAUAGUUAACGCAUGCCAUCGGCGUGAUGUAAUGUACAUACCUAAUACUAAAAGCCACAGUCAUCAUGGGAGCUCCCAUCAUGUUCAUGAACAGCUGAAGUCACAUCAGCAUUCUCCAUCUGACGACCUUGUCUUUGCUCAACAUGAGCACCCAUCUUCUCAUGAAAAGUCCUCCCAUGGUCAUCCACCACACGACCAGUCAGAAACUGUGAAAAAGUGUGAGAAAAGACCACACAGCAGUUUAGGGGUGGAGGAUUCAGAUGCUCAAGACAAAGCUUGUUCAGAUAUAAAAAGGCACAAGCAGAGCUUAGAGGAGGUGGAAGAGGUUAGCCAGGAAGCCGACAAGAAAGAAAGUGAUUCGUUAUCCCAUGAAGAAUCAUUAGAUGAGAUGCGUAAAAUGUGGCAAAGUAAACACAGGCUCAGCCUUGCUCACAGAAUAUCAGAGGGUCAAGUUUUAUUUAUGCCCCCAAGUCGCUAUGUUUUUAAAGGAGCAGAGGUUUAUACUGACUCUGAGAGCAGUGAUUCUAGUGAGGAUGAUGAUGAAGAAGAAGAUGAUGAUGAUGAUGAAAGUAGUGUAUGCAGUGAUGAAGAUGCCCCUGAGGAUAACCCAGCUGAUCCCACUUUGACAGCUCUAGCUGAUUCAUCUGCCGUGCUGCCUACAGCCAGUGACCUGAGUCACAUUGUGGAGCAGUUACCAGUUAUGAGCUCUGAUUGUAUAUCUACCUCUAUUGAUGCAGUUAUUCCUGCACAGGUCCUGGCUGAUGUUCUUCCUAGCGGUCUGGAUGUUGUGACCAGCUCUAACAAAGAUGACAACCCAUUGAACCAAUGUUUAACUUUUUCAAACAUUCCUAAAGAGAUCUUGGCCUCCUGUCCUGUGUCCUCCACUGAUGAGGUUCUUCAUCUAGACAAGUGACAAUACUGUGAAAAAUAUGCUCUUCUGUACUGAAGUUAGAAAAUAUGCCAGCAAUUGCUGUCUCUUAUGGACUCUCCUGAGAAGAGGGAUGAAAUUAGUGCUUUAUGCACUUCUACUGCAAUCAUCUUAAGCUUUUUAAAAAAAAUUGAACAGCAAAAGUAAACAAUAAAUGUACAUAACUUAUAUUAUUGUUAUGCUUUUUAUGAAUUUUCAAAUUCUACUAUUGAAUGUUUAUAUGUACAGUUUGUAAUAUCUUACUUUUCAUACCUCCUGUCUGGGUGAAUUAAUUAUUGAAUCUCAAAUUUGGUGUCAUUAAGAGACAUUUGCCUUUAAAAAAUUAUCAUUUAUUUAAACAUUGUCCAUUUAUUGUUAUAAAUAAUCUUUUUUGUUGUCAUUAAUGUUUUUCACUUCCUUUGUGUUACAUAAUGCCAACCAAUAUUUAUUAAAAGAAAAGGUUUUUAUCUUAUGUACAUGGUGAUUGUGGAAUAUCCUUUUUUUUCUAAGGUAGUUGAUUUAUCAGUACUGAAAUAUGCUUUAAUUAACUGUUGUUAUGCAAACUAGAAAACCAGUUUAAAUUUGACCAGAUAAUGCUUUCAAUAGCUUCAAUUUCAUAGACAUUUUGUAACAUAAACCUAAACCUAGUUUAGAUGGCAAACAUCCAUACAGCAAAGGUUGUGUAUUUUUCCUUUAAAUAUUUUUAUAUUAGUAUUUGUGAUUUAUUUUUUUAUAUGUGUUGUAUACCUUCUGUUUAGCAUAUGUACAUUUCUUGCAGCAUGACAUUUCUUCUGGAAUUCAUUGAAUAUAUUAAUUAGUGUAUUCUGGUGGAGUUUUUUUUUUUAUCAGGAGUUAGAUUUGUCUAAAUAAAGAAUUCUUCACCUUAUUUAGUCAUUUCUAAUUUUGAAUGAAAUUUCUUCAGGCUUUUUGUUGGAACAUAUUUCCCAUAUUUAAGAGUACUCUAAAUUUUUUAAUGCAUUUUUAUUGGUAUCCAGCUCAAAAGAUAGCAUGAUGUGUAUAAAUCUACUAUAAAAGUUUAUGAUUCAACUGCAAUAAAUUAUCAUUGUAACCUUUAUAUUCUUGCGCAAAGUUAAAGUUUCCUACCUAGCUUUUAUCAAACAGCAACAAGAAAUUUAAAAAAAAUUUUUGGAUUUUUUAUUUCUUUUUGUAUAGUCAAAUUUUUUUUUAAAAUUUCAUUUAUAGUUGCUGAUGAUUCUUGUUUCCAUCAAUAGUUUAUGAUAAAGAGUUUUUAGAAAUUUAGAAAUGUAAAUAAUUACAUUUGUUGAGGCCAGUAAACCGACAUUACCUAGCAGAAUCUAUCAUUGGUGAUUGACUAUCUCUGUCUAUUAAUCGUACUAGAGAUCAAAUAGUACAUUGUCAUUGUUACUGUACUUAAUGUUGUUCCACACUGAAUGAAAUCAGCAGUCUUUCUGGGUACUUACUCUCCAGGGUAGUUCUGAUGACUAGAAACCAGUGUGCUUGGUGUACAGCCUUCAGUCUAUGAUGGUGCUGAAAUGUUUUUCAUGUGAAAAUGUGGAUUCUAUGCUGAACUUCUUCCAUGUUACAUAAUUUACUUUUUAUAAUUACAUUUUGUAUGUACUAAAUAUUUUUAAACAAUUUGUUUAGAUUUAUCACUCUUGCAAGUAGGAAUCUAUUUAUUUCAACAUGGUUUAUCAGAUAAGGGAUCAUCCAUUUAUGAUGUUCACGAGAAAAAGAAAAGUUUCACGCUACCUUCAGUCCACAUUUACCCUGUAAGGUCAUGUGGGUCAUCCAGGGAACAUAAUUUUCUCACAACUUACAAACUAAUCUAAUUCAGUACCACCAUGCACAUUGCAAUGCUAAUAUUUAUGUAGUAAUUUUUUUAUUAUUAUUAAAUGUGAAAAGGGUUUUGAGAAAUAAAUUCAUUUAAAAGAACAAAUUUCUGAUACACUCGUUUUAUUUUAAUUUCAGAAAAUUAACUGUAGCUCAAAUGGAGUACUAAGCCUUUCCUCUUGUUUGGAGGAAAAUAUUUUAAUUAGUAAUAUUUCUAGUCAGAUUCAGCAUUUUCUAAUACUCCUUUUAAAAUUCAACAUAAUUACCAGUGGUUUUUGUUUUGUAACCUAAGCGUUGUAAUUUCAAUGCAUGCAUUAUUUUGCAGGAUAGUUUAGCUUGUUAUGACCUAUAUGUGUAGUGAUGUUAAAUUUUUUGAGGUCCACCAAAAUCAUAAAAUACAACUUUGGUCAAACCAUCACCUCUAUGUUGACAUCAUAAAAGGAUGACCCCUAUAAUGAACAGGUUUAUGUUUUUACUUGUUUCUAAAUAUACCCUUAUUUUAAACUUCACUAUUUUGUUUUAUUGUGUUUAACUCCUGUAUGCAUUUUACAUAACCCAUUCAUUUUUUUAAAGAGCAUAUUGAGAUUACACUAUCCUUAGUUUAAAAUAGAACUGUAUCUGGAUCAUUGUAUUAGUAGUUGGGCUAUCACAAUAAGGUGUUGUUUUUUACUAAAUUUCAUUGUAAAACUUACAAGAGAAAUAAUAUAUAAUAACACUGUUAAAGUGUUCAAGUUAUUGUAUAUAUAUAUAUAUAUACGUUUAUCAUUAUAUAAAUAUCUCCUAAAUCUGUUUUUAAGGCCUAUCUAAUGUUUAGCUAAACAAGUUUUCCUGUAAAUCUGGGACUACCAAAUCCUAUUAUUUUUUAUUUCACUGAAGAAACUUUAUCCUGAUCAUAUGGUCUGUAGGCUUGUAAAGUUAGCUCAUGAAAGGCAAUUUUCCUAUUGUCCAGAUCUCAGAACUGUCUGACACCAUCUUAAGCUCUAGAUUUUCUACUCUGACCAGAUUUCAACUGGUGAUACAGGCAGGACUUUUGGUUUUAUACCAUUUGACUAUGUAUAUAUUUUGAAAAAGUAAAAUUUAU